AGGAGGUGUUAAGCCUAUUUAAAAGGUGUUAUUGAAGAAGUGUGAGAAGGAAGGUUUUGUAUCAGAGGUUAAUUGAGUAUAUGACUUGAAAAAACAAAAAAGAAAAACUGAGGAGAUCCUCUCUCUCUCUCUCUCAACUGAAUGCAGAAUGGCUGGGACAAGAUUAAUCCAAUGGUUGUUUCUUCUAGUAUGGGCACUAGUAAUGCUCAAAACAGAAAGUGCUAAUGUAUCAAUUACAAUUGUUGAGGAUGCGGUGGCAAAAGGAGCUGUUUGUCUGGAUGGAAGUCCGCCAGCUUAUCACUGGGAUAAGGGAUUCGGUGCAGGAAUUAACAAUUGGUUGGUUAACAUUGAGGGAGGUGGAUGGUGCAACAAUGUCACCCUCUGUCUUAAUCGUUCAGAAACUCGUUUAGGUUCAUCUAAGCAUAUGGACAAGGCAGUUGCUUUCACUGGGAUUCUGAGUAGAGUCCAAAAUUAUAAUCCUGACUUCUACAACUGGAACAGAAUUAGGAUUAGAUACUGUGAUGGGGCAUCAUUUACUGGUGAUGUAGAAGCAGUCGAUCCAGCUACUAAUCUUCACUUCAGAGGAGCAAGAAUUUGGCCUGCAGUAAUUGAGGACCUAUUAUCAAAAGGAAUGAAAGAUGCAAAAAAUGCUUUUCUCUCUGGUAGUUCGGCUGGUGGAUUGGCUUCUAUUUUGCAUUGUGAUAGCUUCCGAGCUCUCAUACCUAGCGGUGCUAAAGUUAAAUGCCUAUCAGAUGCUGGUUACUUCAUCAAUGUGAAAGAUAUUUCCGGAGCACGACACAUUGAAGAAUUCUACAGUCAAGUGGUUGCAACGCAUGGUUCAGCAAAGAAUUUGCCUUCAUCAUGCACUUCAAAAAUAAAACCAGAGUUGUGUUUCUUUCCCCAAAAUGUGGCACAUGAAAUUAAAACGCCAAUAAUUUUUGUAAAUGCAGCCUAUGAUUCAUGGCAGAUUAAAAACAUUUUGGUGCCAACUAUAGUUGAUCCUCAUGGCACCUGGCAUUACUGCAGACGUAAUAUAAAGAACUGCUCAGACGAUCAAAUUCAAACCAUGCAAGGUUUUAGGCUUGACUUCUUAAAAGCAUUGGAAAACGCUGGCAACUCUUCAUCUAAGGGACUAUUUAUCGACUCUUGCUAUGCCCACGGCCAAACCGAAUUGCAGGAGACAUGGUUAUUUGAUGUUUCUCCAUUGCUGGCUAAAACGACAAUUGCAAAGGCUGUUGGAGACUGGUAUUAUGACCGAAGGCCCUUCCAAAAGAUAGAUUGCCCUUACCCUUGCAACCCCACUUGCCACAACCUUGUUACCAACAAGAUCAAUGAAAAUACUAAGACUCUGUGUGAUCAACUCAUUGAGACCUUACAUCAGUUGGCUGGUCAGGUUCUAGAUGAGCCUGAGAGAGACAACUACUUCUACCAGUACCGAGAGAUCGUUUUGAGAAUAAAAAUGGAAUGGGGUUUCGUGCAUAAAGUUUGGGACAAGUGGGCUUCUAACAAUAUCUCCUCUUCUUCUGGUGAGCCCUUGAAAGCUGCUCUUCUAAUUAACUAUGACCCAACUGGACCCUCUCGCUUGUUGUCUACAAUUGCAAAACAAGAAGGAAUUAAAGUAAAUCCCAUUGAAUUGAGCCAAUUUGUGGAUUUCAUCAAGCGUGACAAACUCCAAACUGAGACCUUCGUUAUUGGGCCAAACCAGUACUUGGUCACUUCAAUUCAUGAGAAUUGGUUCUGUGCAAGGUGUAUGAACACUUCAAAACCUGCUGGUGAAGGUGCUAUUAUCAUGCAAACAGCAGCAUUCCUCUUGGUUGCAUUGUAUGAUGGUUCUAUUGGAUCAGCAUCUCGUGCUAUGGCGGCUGUUGAUCAGUUUGCAUGGCAAUUAGGUCGAAGAAAUCUUUAACUUUGCUUCUAGCGAUAGUAGAUUGAGGUAUGUAGCUUUGAGAACAUACCCGUUCAAGUAGAUAUUCGCUGUCAGCAUCAACAUUCACAUUGGUAAUCUUUUGGCCACUAACAAUUUCAAGGGCAACAACGCCAAAGCUGUAUGCAUCAACCUUCUCUGAUAAUUGACCUUGGAUUGCAUACUCUGGUGCUGUGUAUCCCCUGGUGAGUAACGAGAUGAGAUCUAAUUAAUACAUAUUUUGCAGAACCAAAAAAGGCCGUAAUGGAGCUUUUGCUACCAAUUGGUCCCCAUCCGCAUGCACAAAUAUCUUGCAUCAGUUGAUUACAUUUGUAGUAACAUGUAAAUCAAUCUACUUGUUAAACUAAAAACCUUAUAUUGAAAUAAUAUUGACAUUCUCAAAUUUCAAUUAACCAUCUAAUUUGAUA